AGCAUCAAAGUGAGAGAGAAAUAGCAAUCCCCUUGACCGGGGAUCAAACCUGCAACCUGGUGUAUGCGCUGACUGGGCGGCGCACCGGCAACCAACAUGUUCCAACGGUCGUUUUUGAGGUUUGGGGUUAUGAAUGGGGUUUUAUGCUUCCUGAGUUUUCUGACUUUUUCCCUUUGACCAUACGCACAUACUAAUCACAAGAGACUAUAAAACAAUUGUCAGCAACAAUAACAAAACAAAACAAAACAAAACAAAAACUAGGAAGAAGAAAACCAGAAGUUGGUUUGGGAUCCUGAUUUCUGUCGGGUGAGGUACUAAUGGGGGUUAAAACACAGUGUUUCCAGAGUGCAGUCCGAAGACAGGCAAACGUUAAAGGCAGAGUUAGGUUGCAGAACGUGGGGGAGGGCUCCGGCUCCCAGGAGUGAGUCAUCUGAUAAGAGCCAAGGGCGUAGCUCCUCCCUUUCCCAGGAAACAAAGCCCAGGGCAGCUCAGACCUGGGCCACAGAAGAGUGAGACUCGGAGGUUUCCUGCAGCCCCUGGCUCUUCCUGUCCCUGCCCAGCAUCACAAUGUGGCCGCUCCAAGCAAUCGUAGCCAGGGAUCUCGAAGAGAUCCCAGCCAAGGAUCUGGACAGGUUCAUCGAACACCAUCUCCUGCCAGACACCGCUUUCCGAACGCAGGUCAAGCAAGCCAUUGACAUCAUCUGCAGUUUCCUGAAGGAGAGGUGUUUCCUCCAAGAUAGAGUCCGGGUGUCGAAGGUUGUAAAGGGCGGCUCCUCGGGCAAAGGCACCGCCCUCAAAGAUCGGUCUGACGCCGACCUCGUAGUCUUCCUCAGCCGCCUCACAAGUUUCCAGGAGCAGUUUGAGCGCCGAGGAGAGUUCAUCCAGGAAAUCAGAACACAGCUGGAAGCAUGUCAGCAACAGAGAAGCUUUACCGUGAACUUCGAGGUCCAGCCUAAAUUUCUGAACCCCCGCGCACUCAGCUUCACGCUCAAGAGCCAGUCUUCCCGGGCGGAGGUGGAGUUUGAUGUGCUGCCCGCCUAUGAUGUCCUGGGUCAGGUGACGGAGUUCUACAGACCUGACCCCGACGUCUAUGUCAGGCUCAUCCGCGAGUGCGAGAGACUGGGGAAGGAGGGCGAGUUCUCCCCCUGCUUCACGGAGCUGCAGCGGGCCUUCCUGAAGCAGCGCCCGGCCAAGCUCAAGAGCCUCAUCCGCCUGGUCAAGCACUGGUACCAAAAGUGUAAGGAGAAGCUUGGACAGUCCCUGCCGCCUCAGUACGCCCUGGAGCUCCUGACGGUCUACGCUUGGGAGCGUGCAGGCCGGCAAACCGACUUCAGCACAGCGCAGGGAUUUCGGACCGUCUUGGAGCUAGUCAUGAACUACCGGCAGCUUUGCAUCCACUGGACACAGUAUUACGACAGUUCACAUCCUGAGAUUGGUCCAUACCUGCGGAGGCAGCUCCAGAAACCCAGGCCUGUGAUUCUGGACCCGGCGGACCCUACAGGAAACGUCGCUGGCGGAAAGCCAGAACGCUGGGAGCCGCUGGCGGGAGAGGCUAGGGUCUGGAUGACGUACCCAUGCUUUCGCAAAGGAGAUGGGUCUCCAGUGGGCUCCUGGAACAUAUCGGCCUAAGGAGGCAGCGAAGAUGCCUGGGUAACAUCUGCUCUCAAGACACAUCAGCUCCCCGAUGGUGGACAGCGCCCUGGGUCCUUUCACGCCGGCAUUCACCAGGCAGAGAGCCCCUCCCCGGGUGGAAGAGAACAGAGCACACACUCACCUUUCAGAUGCAAACCAGCCAAUCAGAGCCCAGACUCCCACUCACCCAGGGCAGGUCCCAGAGGACUGGGCACAGCCCCACACUCCAGAGCCCGCUGGAAUUCUUCGCACUGGCCCAUCCUAGCCUGCUUACCCCGCUUACCCUGCUUGCCUUUCCCGUGGGAACUAUGAUAAAGGUUAUUUUUUUGGUUAAUCCUCACCCACAGAUAUUUUUCCAUUGAUUUUUAGAGACCGUGGAAGGGAGGGGAGAGAC